AAGCUUAUUGAGAUAUUGAAUUUUCUUAAUUCGACUUCAUUUACGAACGUCUUAUCUAUAACAAUAUACCCGGCACACCAGCAAGUUUCGCAUUGUCACCGAGACUCAGGCCUUUUCAGUGUUUGAUUUACUAAAGAUUUAAGCAAAUAUGUUUCUAACAAGAUCUGAAUAUGAUCGGGGAGUGAACACUUUUUCACCAGAAGGCCGACUAUUUCAAGUGGAGUAUGCCAUCGAGGCUAUAAAGCUUGGGUCCACUGCUAUUGGUAUACAGACUUCAGAAGGUGUGGUUCUUGCAGUAGAAAAGAGAGUCACCUCUCCAUUAAUUGAAGCCUCCAGUAUAGAGAAAGUGUUUGAGGUGGAUGACCAUAUAGCGUGUGCAAUGAGUGGAUUAAUUGCAGACUCACGGACCCUCAUAGACCGAGCCAGAGUUGAGGCACAGAAUCAUUGGUUUACGUACAAUGCCAAGAUGUCAGUGGAGAGUGUGACCCAGGCAGUCAGUAACCUGGCCCUACAGUUUGGUGACGAUGACGCAGACCCAGGAGCAAUGAGCCGUCCGUUUGGUGUAGCCUUACUUUUUGCUGGCAUUGACAACAAAGGACCUCAGCUAUACCACAUGGAUCCCUCUGGAACAUUUAUACAGUAUGAUGCAAAGGCAAUUGGUUCAGGAUCAGAGGGUGCACAGCAAGCCCUACAGGAUACCUACCAUAAGUCUAUGACCCUAAAAGAGGCCUGUAAAUCAGCUCUAACAAUUCUGAAACAAGUUAUGGAGGAAAAACUGAACUCUUCCAAUGUUGAGAUGGGAACAGUGACAAAAGAGAAGAAAUACCACAUGUUCUCUAAACAAGAGCUUGAAGAUGUGAUUAAAGACAUUUAGAUCAAAACACUUCAUUGUUCAUUGUCCUUAUAAGACAUUUCUGUUUCAUGUACAUGUAUUAAUGAUAAAGUGCUGAAUAAAUAAACAUUUGACAUGAC